AUGGUGCUCUUCGUAUUAUUCUGGCUGAUAUGGAUUGCCUUGUUUGUGAUCUCAAUUCUACUCGUCGUGCUCAGUCCCGGCUGCGUUGUGCGAGCAAAGCCGAACUGGUGGCAAACCGCUGUUGCUUAUAACGUAUGGGUGCCUUCGUUCCAAGAUUCCGAUGGAGAUGGUUAUGGUGAUAUGCAAGGGCUUCUUAACCGCCUUGAGAACUUGAGAAAGAGCGGUGUCCAGACCGUCUGGCCAUCACCAUUUUUGAUCAGUGACAAUUUCUCAAAUGCUGUGCGAAGCUAUGACCAAAUGGAUCCUGCUCUUGGAGCAAAUCAAGUUGCUGACAAAGCGAUUAGUGAAAUUCAUGACAAAGAUAUGAAAUUCGUCAUCAAUAUGCCUAUAUCUACAACUUCGACUGAACAUGAAUGGUUUUUGAAAUCAUCAAGAGCAACCCUUCCUGAAAAUAGAAAUUAUUCUGGAUUCUAUCAUUGGGCCUCGAAAGGAGCAGAUGACUAUUUUACUAAUUAUAAAGGAGUAUACUAUAUGCACGAGAAAGGCAACAAAAAUUCAGCAGUUCUGAACUGGCAGAACUCGAAUCUUCGCGCUCAUAUGUUUGAAGUGCUCUCAUCAUGGAUAGAUCGCGGUGUAGACGGCUUCCACCUGACUGGAAUUGAAUAUCUGGCAAGAACUCCUGAUGGAUCAGAACCGGAUUGGUCAGCAAUCUCAGAUGUCAUCAGUGACAUAAGAAAUCACGUAGAUUCCUAUACAAAUGAAAGCACAAAAGCUAGUGGCAAGAAAAUAAAUGAAGGCACGAUUGCUACUUGUGUACAUGAAAUACUAUCAGACAUAUUACUAUUCCAUUCUAAUAAUCCUGCAGUUUGGCCACAGUGGGAGUUCGGUAACCAGUACAUUUCUCGAAUUGCAUCGCGAGUAGAAAGUCGAGCUCAUGCCGAGCUUCUACUGAUGCUCCAACUGGUUUUACCUGGAACGAAUAACUUCUACUAUGGUGAUGAGCUAGGAAUGAAGAAU